CUCAUCCCGCUGCUGCCUGCGCUUCUCUCUCUGUCUCACCCCCCUUUACCUCUCCGUCUAUCUGUCCCUCCCCCUGCACACGCUCUCCCUCUCUCUCUUUCUGACACACACUUUCACUUACAUACACUCAGACACACUCUCUCUACAACACAUAUAUACAUAAUCACGCACUCACUCCACACACAUGCUCACGCACACACGCCGCUCCAACAUACCUGUGCAGGCUGGGGGGAGCGUGCUGGAGGGGGCUUUUCUGCAGCGUUGUCUCUGAGGGUGCUGUGCCAUCAUUUGGGGAAGAAGCGGGUCUCAAUUGUUUUCUCUUUCCUCUUCCUCUCAUUCCUGGAAUGCUAAAACUGGACUGAUGGACAUUUCAGAACUUUGCCUUCCCGACCCUCUCAGCUAUCAUAACCAGGCUUUGUUGUCCAAUUCAUUAGAGAGAUUCCUGAGUCCACUGGCCACGCUGGAGCCCUCUCAUUUCUGGCUGCUGAAUAGAAUGGCCGCUGAUGACCGGCACCUACCCUCCAGUUGUGGGUCCUACAUCAAGACGGAGCCAUCCAGUCCCUCCUCAGUCAUUGACACGGUCAGUCACCACAGCCCCAGCGGGAACUCAGACGCCAGUGGCGGCUAUGUCAGCACGAUGAACAGCCACUCCAACAGCCACUCCAACAGCCACUCCAACAGCCACUCCAACGGCCUGGACUCUCCACCUAUGUUCACCCCCGGCGGGCUCGGGGCAGGCACCUGCCGCAAGCGCUACGACGACUGCUCCAGCACCAUCAUGGAGGACUCGUCCAUAAAGUGCGAAUACAUGUUGAACUCCCUCCCCAAGAGGCUGUGCCUGGUCUGUGGAGAUAUAGCCUCGGGGUAUCACUAUGGGGUGGCCUCUUGUGAGGCCUGCAAAGCCUUUUUUAAAAGGACAAUACAAGGUAACAUAGAAUACAGCUGUCCUGCCACAAAUGAGUGUGAGAUCACAAAACGGAGACGCAAGUCAUGUCAGGCUUGUCGCUUCAUGAAAUGCCUCAAAGUGGGGAUGCUCAAAGAAGGUAAGAAGAGGGUUCGUCUGGACCGCGUGCGCGGGGGAAGACAGAAGUACAAGCGGAGGUUGGAUGCAGAAAACAACCCCUACCUGGGCUUGACGCUGCCCCCUCCCACCAAAAAGCCUCUCACAAAGAUAGUGUCUCACCUGUUGGUGGCGGAGCCAGAGAAGAUCUAUGCCAUGCCUGACCCCACCAUGCCGGAGAGCGACAUCAAGGCUCUGACCACGCUGUGCGACCUGGCUGACCGUGAGCUGGUGGUCAUCAUCGGCUGGGCCAAGCACAUCCCAGGCUUCUCCUCCCUCUCUCUGGGAGACCAGAUGAGUUUGCUGCAGAGCGCCUGGAUGGAGAUCCUCAUCCUCAGCAUCGUGUUCCGCUCGCUGCCGUACGAGGACGAGCUGGUGUACGCGGAGGACUACAUCAUGGACGAGGAGCACUCGCGGCUGACGGGGCUGCUCGACCUCUACGUCUCCAUCCUGCAGCUCGUGCGCAAAUACAAGAAGCUCAAAGUGGAGAAGGAGGAGUUUGUCACCCUCAAGGCAAUCGCUCUCGCCAACUCAGACUCCAUGCACAUAGAGGACAUGGAGGCGGUGCAGAAGCUGCAGGACGCCCUGCACGAGGCCCUGCAGGACUACGAGGGAGCCCAGCACCCGGAGGACCCUCGGCGGGCCGGCAAACUGCUCAUGACCCUCCCUCUGCUGCGGCAGACGGCCACCAAGGCGGUGCAGCACUUUUACAGCAUCAAAGUGCAGGGGAAGGUGCCCAUGCACAAACUGUUCCUGGAGAUGCUGGAGGCCAAGGUCUGAUCGGAGGCCAAGGUCUGAUCGGAGGGAGGCUGGUGUGCCACGGCGACAGCAGAGGGCUGCGUUAGCGAUACAGAAAGUGACUUGAACCAAGGCUGAGGGUCCCCAGGAGAAGGAGACCCCCACUGACUGUGCUCAGCAGCAGAGAGACUGACCUUCUCUCAUCCCUCCCCCUGGAACCCUGGGACACUAAAGAAAAAAAAUGCAAAACUUGGUUAUUAGUAUAAAUAUAAAAAUGAUGCAGAUUAAUUUAAAAUAUAUAAGAAAUACUAUGUACAGUAAUACUUUUUGUUGGUUUUUGUUAAUUGUCAGUGGUCAUGCUGUAUAUGAUGAAGGACCCCUCUGCCCCUCAGCAUCUUCAGAAUAAGUAGUUGCCAGUUCUUGAGAACAAGAAGGUUUUCUUUCCGGAGAACUAAAAGUUCCUUAAGUUGAUCUGAAGACAGCGGAGGUGUCAACAACCAUAAACAGACUCACUUGUCUCAGUUGUGAUUUCUUUUCCUGGACUUGACCAGGACGUGUAUAUAUUUAUUAAUGGAAGACUGAGUGUACAGUUUAAAGUCUGGUGAACUUGGUUGCCAUUUUCUCUAGUUCUCCUGGGAUUAAAAAAAAGAAUUAAAAUGGUUACCUAAAUGUGAACUCUUAUCAGUUUAAAUGUCCUUGGAUAUACCUCUCCAGAGCCGUGUGAUCUGUGUGGAUCUGUCUCAUACUGGAAGACUUGCUGGUCCCAUGUUUAACCUAACUAGCAUAGGCAGGUACAAUUAGUCGUCUUAUUCUGUAUUAACUCAGCAAUAAAGGGAGCUGUGGAGAAGUCAGGCUUAACCUCCUAUCUUUCAUGUGUUCACGUGCUUUUCAAUGCUGCUGUUCCUAUACCAUGCCUGUGUAUCUCAGUCCCACCAGUGGGACACACCGCUGCACACUAGUGUUCCUCCUACCCUUGUAGCGGCUUGUGUCACGUAACCCAUUGAACCCCAAAUUUGGUCAUUGUUUAAGCCCAUGGAAAUUGCCACUUGGCAUGCAAAUAGAUGACCUGAUUCGGGCUAGGUGAAAGAUGAUCAGCGUGUUUGGUGUGGCAGUAUCAAAGGAUUUAUGCCGACUGGCAGAAGUCCAGGAGAUUCCUUGUUCAAACAAUCAGAGGCCCAUAUGUCAACCGCUCUAUUUUGGGCCCCUUUAAGCCCGUGGCAGAGUCAUCCCACACACAAGGAGCAAGGUGCCCAGCAUCUGCUCUCACCAUUUUAGACACCUCUCGUCUUUUAAUAGCUGUGCCAGCAUUUAUAGAGCUCCGACCAAACAGAGGUAAAUGGCAGGUGCAGAGCGGGAGUGGUGGCAUUUCACACUGGGUUUAUUUUUAACCCCAGCGGGAGGUUGUUGUCUGCGCGGCCGUACUGUAGACACACUUCUUCUUGACCUCAUGUUGACACACCAGCCAGUGCAGAGUAACACUCCUCCACCCGGCCAAGAGGCAGGCAGGCAUCUGCGAGGAGACGUCCGGAUGCCUGAGCACGCACAUGUGAAUAGCUAUGCAAGAAAACAAAGUGUCAGCACGCUCCUAAGGGUAACAGCAACCCAACAGUGUGUCAGUACAAGGUGUGAUCCGCGGUGGGGGGGAGAUCUGGGCCUCCCUUCUCCCUGUGUUUAGUCCGUUCCACUGGGUGUGAGUAAUGCUGGAGUCCAGUCCAGCAGGGCCAUGCCUCUCGUCUCAAUAUGAGAGAGAAUGUGCUGGAGGUGAAUGCUUAUACUACUGAAGGAUUUUAUGUGAUAAAUUGUGGCACUGUCACAAUAAUAUGAUACUGUGAUCAAAGGAAUCCCUGACAUUGCAGUAGGGUAGAGUUGCCGCCAUGCUUGGGAUAUCAAUGGCCAGCACUGAUCUAGUGGCCGGCAUUCCUUUUAUAUAGCAGCCUGAUUGGCCACGUAAUGCAGGAAGAAGAUCCACUCCAGCACCCAAUCACCCCAACUUGAACCAGCUGCCGUCCAGCUCAAAAGCUCCACAGUAGAGGGUGGCAAUAUAACCUGAUUUUACUGUUGUGCAAUGCAACAGGGACCAAUUCUGACUGGAACCAUGCUAAAAGCAUGCUUUUACUUGGACUUGGCAGAAUCUGUUGCUUAUUAAGUGACAUAUUCUAAAUCCCUCGGAUCAGAAACAUGUAAACUGUACAGCAGAAUAACUAUAUUUGAUUUGCUCCACUGAUAAAAUACUUUUGUGCUUGUUUCAAUAAAAGUGCAAUAUAAAUGAAAACUUUUGCAGAAAAUCUUUACAACUAGAAUUUUGUAGUGGCCCAAGAUGAUCAGCCAAAAGAAUAAUUUUAACGGGAGUUCUCUCAUCUCCCUUUCUUUCUUUUUACCUUGCAAUAUGGCACUGCGUUAAGUAAAAAAAGAACAUGUCUUACAUUACAAACUGUGUCUAAGUGUGUAAAUAUAUCAGCGUCAGUACAGUAGGUUGCCGAAAUACCAUUGAAAAUAAAGUAUGCAGCGCUCCGCUGACUACUACCUCAUUAUCAUAUUGUCAAUAUUUCUCUGAUUCAACACUCACACGUCUGUGACAUAACUGAGCCACCCGUUUCCAUCCAAAACCUGUUCCCCUCAGUGCUCCUGCCAAAAUAUUUGUAAUGUAUAUUUACUGAUCUUCUUUUCCCACUCAUUCUUCAUAGAUCUGUUUGUAAAGGUAAAGCAUGCUUCACGUUGACCACACAACUUGGCCAUCAGUGGGUUUGACACCCAUGUUGGCUACUAAGCGGGUAUGUGUUUUUAUGUGUCAGAAUUGGUCCCUUGAUGACAAAUUGCAGACAGGGGCAGGGGACUGAUUUCCUGCUUCUGUGCUUUGAGUAUUUAUGGUGUGAAAUAUAUAA